AUGCAAAUCUUUGUUAAAACACUCACUGGCAAAACAAUAACACUCGAAGUUGAACCAAGUGAUACUAUUGAAAAUGUUAAAGCCAAGAUUCAAGACAAAGAAGGUAUCCCACCUGAUCAACAACGUCUCAUCUUUGCCGGCAAACAACUUGAAGAUGGUCGCACAUUGAGCGAUUAUAAUAUUCAAAAGGAAAGCACACUUCACCUUGUUCUUCGACUUCGAGGUGGUGAUGAUCAAUAA